CCACGUCCAAACUGAUAUAACUUUGCAUUUUAUAGGCAUGUUUUACUCCUUUUAUAGUAAUCUAAACCAUAUUGAGAACUAGCUAAUAGAUAUGGAUAUGGCCUUUACGCACGUUUGUCUAUGGACGCUACUCGCCUUCGUGCUGACCUGGACGGUGUUCUACGUUACCAACAGGAAGAAGAAGGCGCCGGAAUUGGCAGAUGCGGCAGCAGAGGAGAGAAGAGACAGUGCUGCUGAUGUUAUCAUCGUCGGGGCUGGAGUAGGUGGCUCGGCUCUCGCAUAUUCUCUUGCUAAGGACGGGCGCCGAGUACUUGCGAUAGAGAGGGAUAUGAGAGAACCAGAGAGAAUGAUGGGUGAGUUUAUGCAGCCAGGAGGACGACUCAUGCUUUCUAAGCUUGGCCUUGAAGGUUGGUCUCUUUUAAUUUAACUUUCGUUUAUAUUUACAUUUACUUUUUAUUUUUAAUCGGAGAAUCUAGAACCAAACUCUAUACUAAAUUAGAAACUGGUGACAAAUCGAAUAAUUUUGUUAUUAAAAAUAUAGUGUUCAACUAUGAUUUAAAUCGCAGUAAAACUCUAACCAUGAUUCCAACUUCUUGAUGAAUUAUUUUAGCUACUAGACCAUGAGUUAGUUUACAUUUGCGUUAUAAAAAUAAACAAAUGUCUUAAUUGGAUGAUCGAUCGAAUUUGUGCGUUUUUCAAUUGUAUGUUUAAUGUGAAUCACUAGUUGGCUUUGAAAAUGUUGGUUCCCCAUCUCAAGGCUGAGGGAGUUAGCGAAAUGUUUUUUCCAGCAAACGCAGCCGCAUAUCGCAAAAGCUAUAUGGCCGCAUCUGGUCUUUAAACAUUGAUGCUCUAAACAGCAACAUACGUAAGCUUGUAAACUCGUUGAAAUGUUAUUGUAAUGCUUAGCUUACAUAAUAUUACUUAAUGAGUUUCUUCCUUCUACUAGCUAACGCAUUGGUUAAAAAGAUCCGACUCAGGAAAAGUGAAAUCCAAAUCCUCUCAGAUGAAUCUAUCCAUUCUAACAUGUUGUUUAAAAUACAUCCUCGAGAAAACAAUCCUUCAUUUUUUUUUUCUUUAUAUUAACCAUUAACCAAAAAAAAGUAUUAAUAUAUAACAACAGGGGAAAUUUCUACGAAAAGAAGAAAAUUUAAUAAAAAUAAGAAGAUUUCGUUUUGUGUUGAAUGUUUGUGUACAAUUUGUGGCUUUGAUAUAUAUUUUAUUUUUUUGUAGAAUUUGAUAUUGUUUUAUUAGAG